UUCGUUUGAAGAGUUCACGCACAGUCUUUAACCAGAAGUCGUAUGAGUAAUCCAGCUAUUUAAAGUGCAUUAGGUAAAUCCAACACAUCACUUUGAGGUAUACAGCGCAACAGAGAGGUCACUAUAUAACCAGAAAUGGCUUACGCACAAUCUGAUAAAACCCCGCCAACAUCACCGAGAAGCUCUGCAUAUGACAGACGUAAGCAAUUUGACGUCUGCAUAAUGACGUGUAAUGACGUAGACUGCCACCAGCCUACGGUCUCAUCACUAGUUAAGUCAUGUAGGGACGCCAAACUGAAUUUCUCUCAUUUAACAUUGACAAGUAUUCGAUGUUCAGAAAUACAGAAUGGUACUGCCAUUGCGACAGCAGUCAUUGUUUGUAAACAUAGCGAAAAAGAAUUCAAAGAUAAUUUUAAAAGCAUGCAAGAAGGAAAUGUUGUUCUCACAGGAAGUAUUGGAAAAGUAAAAUCUUCUGUUUUCAAAAAUACCAUCUCCAAUGUUGAAAACGAAGCUAAUAUGAACAGACUUUUCGAUAAAAUAAAAGAGGUAGUGUUAGAACUCAGUCAAUAUGAUGACAUCAGGCCAGAGAAUCCAUACACAGAAGGUAUUGUAGAUGGUCAUUGUCAAUCAAGUAUGGAGACGGGAGAGAAGGAGCUGGUCUCUCAGCCGAGCACUAACGAAGGUUAUUCCACUACCACUGGGCAUUCAUCAAAAUUUAUCAACAGUCGGAGUUUUGAUUUGAAAGACUACAAAACAAACAGAGAAAACACCGAGAUAAAAACAGCCUACACAGAGACUCCUGUAAUCAAAGAGCUUACCAAAGAAGAUGAAAUGGGAUACACACAUCUCAUUGACGUCAAAGGAGAGUCACUAAGGAAAUGCCUAAUGAAUAGAGACAAAUUUAUCGAAACAACAACCCUCUUGAGUUCAGGCAGCUAUUCAGGGUCUUUUGUAUUUGAGGAAUAUAUUUUACCAAACUUGAAAUACGAUGAAAAACUAGAGUUAGACGAACUUGUGCAUAUGUUUAACGUGGAUAGCUGUAAGGACUCAUCUGAUUUGGAGAGACAUAUCGUAACUUCUGUGAUGAGAUUGUGUUUAGAAUGCCGAAAUUUCCAUGGCCUGGUUAUUCUUUUAAGGUGUCAAAAGAGAAAUAUACAACUCAAUGCCUUCCGAAACAUAGAGCAUUUAUUGUACACCACAGACAUUCGACUUUGCAACACUCAAGAUUUGAUAAAUGGGAUUACAGACCUUAUUGAAAUGAUUGACCUUUGGUCUGGGAAUGAAGAACUUCUGCUCCUUCUGCUUCACACUGUGAUGGUGACUUUCUCGAUCCUUUUAAUGGCAUUCAAUGCCAGUCUAAAUUCUACCAUCAAAUCUCCCACUGAACGCAUUUGUAAGGAACUUCUAGAGAAAAUCAAGAAGAUUGAAAAACUACACACCGACAAUGAGAAAAUGAAGGGGUUCUUUGGACAUUUACAAAAAUCUGCAUCUUGCUUGUCCAUUCAUUUGAAAGAAGUAUCUGUGCUUCGGAUGGGGAACUGGUCGGAUGCGAUGAGAAACGCCAAAAACAGACAGAAGAUUAGAGAUGACUUUAAGGUGUUCUCCGAGACAGAGCAGACAACGGUUAUAUUUGGUCUUAUGAAUCUGGUUAUACGUCAACCGGAGGGAAACCAUGCUUCUCUCUUUGAUUUAUUGGAUACCUGCUUGAAGACAACUUUAAAAUUAAAGAAAAAGGAGAAGAAAGACAAUUUUGAACUAUUUCCCAAGCUUUAUCUGAUAACGAAGAUGGUGUACAGAAUUUUAAAGGUGUCUCCUUUUCAAGCACAGCACUGCUUGAGUUUACUUCAGUUAUACAUGGAUACCGAUAGAGUUCAUCAAUCCAUUCGAAAAUACCUUCUGAAUGAAAUCUCGAGUUUGCUAUUUCACAAAGAAAAACAGAUAGUCUAUGAAAUAUUUUCAAUGCUGAUCAAAAACAAUUCUCAUUCUCCUUUUGACCUAAGACAAAUUACAGUUUCACAUGUGGAGAAGCUACUUCAUCCAUUGAACAUUUCUAUUGAAAAGGAUGAGUGUGUAACCAAUGACAACGCUCCCGUUCCACCCAAUUGGUGUCGGUUUUCUGGGACUAUUAAUGACAACAAAGACGUGAACAUCCAAAUACUUCUACCAUCAAAGAACUGCAUAAUGAAGGGAAUCAUGGAGGAUUACAGAGAAAACUCAGUUGAGAAGGAUAUAAUGAGAGACCAUGAGAAACAAAGAGACAUGCUCCACCUACUGUGCAGGGAGGGUAUGACGUCACAUGUUCUGCCACUGGUUGGAUUUCAGUGUCGACCUUUGCCAUUGUUCUUUGUCACGCAGACAUCACGAGACAGUAUGUUGCUUUCAGACUUCCUUCUCCAGAAAAGAAGCAUCAAAGACUGGUUAAGUAUUCAGAAACUUAGUGCCAUGGCCGCUGACAUCAUCAGUGCAGUGGACUUCCUUCACUUUAAAGGAAUCGUUCACAGAGGACUCACGACAUCUAGCUUCUCUAUCAACAAAGAAGGACAAAUCAUUAUAUCUGGUCUUGUUACCGCAUCUGAGGGUCACAGCUCGGAAUUUGUCGCAGAGUGUAAUCUUAUUCCCCUGAGAUGGUCUGCUCCUGAAUCGAUUCUUAACGACCGAUUCAGUACUCUAAGUGAUGUUUAUAUGGUGGGGCAGGUUAUUUACGAACUGUUCACACAUGGUUGUCACCCUUAUACCGAGUUGUAUGGAUACACGCUAGAUGACGUAUUGCAAUUGAUCAUCUUCCAAAACCUUGCACCGAGGCAAUGGCCAUGCAUUCCUAGGGAGAUCCACGAGAUCAUACUAAAGUUUGUGGACCCCAAUCCUCAAGCUAGACAACCCUUGAAGAGCGGUCUGCAGCAACUGAAUAACUUUUUAGCCAGAUCUUCAUCAGGAUCCAGAAAGAGACUGAGCAAUUCGCACAGAGAGGACAUGAAGUAUCCAGAUCUGGACCCAUCACAAAAGGAACCACAGACGGAAGUACCAGAACUUAUUAAGCAGCUUAAAGGUCGAAAAGAAAAUCCGAUGAAGACUUAUGCCAAUUUGCGUAAAACAUUGAGGGGUCCAAAAACAGUCCUUGCGAUUACAGAGGCUGAUAUCGCAUCAAGUGAUGCUCCAAUCACUCACAGAAAGAAUCAGAAACUGGAAGUCCAGGAACCUAUUUCCCAGAGGUUCUAUGAAGUAUCGUUUACUGAAUUGAGCAAGUCUCCUUUACAAGAUAUCCUGAACAUAUUGACAUGGCCACCAAAAGUGGAGAGGAAGGAACCAUAUAAUAUGCAUUACAGAUGUGAUAUUGGAGAUACUCUUUCGGAACUCUCACUGAGAAGAUUUUAUGGAGACCCAGAUGACCAGAAUAAUAACAUUAAGUACACUCUUAUAAUUCACCAUCUUGUCCAAUUUAUCUGUUGUCUACACGACCGUGGUUGGCUGUCACGUGACAUCUGCUGUCGCCAUCUUUAUUAUGAUCAUCACAAAAAGAAGGUUUUCGCUCCACGACUAGGUCGUAUGACAUUUCUUAAUCCCGGCGAAGUUCUUGAUGAUAGCGUCAUAGAUGAAGUAUUUACUGAUCGGAGAAACUGGUACCCAUUAGAGACACUACAGCAUGGUCAAUAUUCAAAAGAGGGUGAUAUUUACAUGUUAGGAAUGACAAUCUAUGAAUUUUACAUGGGACUUGAAAUAAAUCUAGAAAAUCCUGUGUCUACAUCACUUAGCUGUGUGCCUUUCUGCAGAAUUUCGAAAGAAGAGUUGGUAGGACACAUUUUGUCUGGUGAGGUUCCACAACAGCCGAUGUACUGUCCUGAUGACCUGUUUAAGAUGAUGCUAAGAUGCUGGAACAGAGAUCGAACACAGAGACCCACGUGUACAGACCUUCUAGAGAUAACGACAAAAUUGUUGUCCUUAUAUGAAGAUGGUGUGGAUGAUUGCUUCAGUGAUGUUAUUUAUGAGGAGCUUGAUGGGCCGGAGCUUCCGCCUAGAAACCUCAAUCCAAAUGAUCUGUCCAUUCAUCCCUCAAAUCCCGUACCGUGCGUUCCAGAAACUGAUAAUGAACAACAAUUUUCCAAAUUGGGUAGUGAAUAUAAAGGAUUCACAAAAAUGAUCAAACCAUCAUGUAACACCAGUGUUGGGAAAAUGGAGUUUCAAUAUUCCAAAGAAAAUCCCAUAUAUAUGAGUACGUCAAACUUUGAUAGAGCAGAUACCAAACGUAGCCUGGCAAAACAAAAAAUUAACGUGAGACAACAAAAGAAGCCUAGUAUAAAAAGCUCAGCUGCAUCAUCAGAAGAUACAGAGAGCAUCGAGUCUUGUGGUAAUCCAAGAUUAGACAGCAUUUUGUCAUGGGUAAAUCCCAGCUCAUCUAAUCUAAGUUCUGACAGUGCAUUAUCGAGGACAAAUCCCGGCUCAGCUAAUCUUAAUUCAGACAGUGAACUAUCAUGGGCAAACUCAAGCAGCUCAGUUAAUCAAAGUUCAGACAGUGCAUUAUCUUGUGUGAACACGAGCUCCUCCAGUGACAUUCCAAGAACUGGCUCUGAAGGUUCUCUGUCUACUGUCUGUGCGUCCGGAGAUGAUGGCUCAACAGAAGAAGAGAAGACAAAAUUACAACAGGGAGGCAUCAUUGUAAACGAUUACCUAGCACCGAUAGACAGUAAUGAACUCCUAAACAAAAGAGGUGUUGUGAAGGAAAUCGAUGCAAGUAAAACUAAUUUCCAGGAUUCAUCAGAUGACGAAUAUAUAGAUUUUGAUAUGUUUAAAGAUAACCGGGAAGAUUAUCUCAACCCUUUUUAUCCCGAUUCGAAUAACAAGUGAAUGUUGAAGAACUGUACUAGAUUUAGAGGGAUAACUUAUAUAGUAGCCUUAACGUAAUUAAUACAGAUUUAACUGAAUAUAUAAACUGUUACAUUAUAUGUACAAAUGAAAGACUGGCAAAAUAUAAUGUAUUAAAAUUAAACAUAAAUAAAUAUACAAAGUUAAA